AUGAAAAUCAGCCCGGCCAGACUUACAAACGCAAGAGCGCUCACGGAACACUGCGGUUGGAAGCUGCAAGUCGCCCUCUGUAUAGACCGUCAGCCGACGCAAUUCGAAGAAUCUGCGGCAGACAGGGCGUUUCGUGAAUUUUCGGAGGCCUGGAGACGCUCCACACUCACCCAGCUCAACGUGCCGAAGCUCUCCACCAUCGAGAGCAAAAUCACGCACAAAAUAACACCUUCCAAGGAGCGUAAGCUCACGUCCACCAACACGGAAAACGAGACCGCCGUGGAAGUCACGGAGGAACUCGACGAGCUCCUGGCUAAGGAGAUUGCGUUCCGGCCGACCAGGAGGCGUACACAGAAAGGGCAGCUGGAAACCAAGCAAGUCGAGAAAGUCAACGUCGACGGGGAUUCAAGAAACGUGGAAAGGCUUGCGAAGCACUGGUUAUUUCUCGCGCUCAAACACAAAAUACACGGGUGGAUUCUGCCCACAGCCGACCUGUAUCACGGAGACGGAUUGAGACAAACUCUGCAACGUUUGUGCGCCGAGCAGCUCGGGGAGACCUACAAUCCGUAUUUUAUCGGAUACGCGCCAUUCUUUCACCGGACCCUGCCGGUCCAGAAUGUUAACGGAGAGUCCGACAUAAAGGGCAACAAGGUACCUUAA